CUUCUACUUCUGCUCUUACAUGAAAGUCCAGUAACUAUUAAACACAAUAUUUACGAAGUUAUUUUUAUGAAUAUUAUCCAUUUUCAAUUUAUUGUACUAAAAUGAUAAAUUAAUUUUGAUGUAAAAAAAAUAAAAAUUUCAACUACCCCUAUAUAUCAACAACAACAAAAAAAAAAGAGGCCAAGGAAAAUGCUAAAUUCAAUCUUAAAAACAGAAGUACAUGAACUUCAUUUAUUUUUUUUCGUGUAUUUUUAUGAUAAUAUAAGCAUAAUUUAGUUAGUAGUAUUGUUUUCAUUGCAAAAUUAUUUUAUGUUGUUAGUAGAAUAAAUUGAAAGUUGGAUGAGAAAUUAUUCAAAGUAUUACAUAUUUACAUUCUGAAUUAAAAUAUCUGUUCUCAACUGAACAUCCUUCUAAAACGGCACCGUUCCAUGCCCCUCGUCCAACAUUACUUUCUCAUGUAGUGAGAUCCAAAUGCACGCAGAACAACAACAACAAUGGAUAGAUACGUUCAACAAAUCCUCAACAAGCUUUCUUUAGGCAUCAUCAUAGCCGCCACCUUCAUCCUCUUCCUGCUUGUCAUCAAAACCCCCGAAACCUGCGUUAGUCCCACCAUCACCAAGCCCAAACCCCACCACCGUUUCCCCAAAUCCACUUGCGAUUUCGCUCACCGAACUCACACUUCCAUAAAGAAGCACAACCGCCGUCUAUGGUCCACAAACGCAUGGAUCCAAACAGUUGUUUCAUUUAAAGAACAAUUCCAAACUCUUCGUGAUAAGAAUCUUUUUACUAAACAUUCACGGGCUCUUGUGGUAUCCGCCGGGCCGGGCCAAGCUGUAAUGGCUCUGAAAGAAAUGGGUCUCAAGGAUAUUACCGGUGUGGAGAUUCUGGAUUCUCCGCCCCUUGUUAGACGUGCGGAUCCGCAUAAUUUGCCGUUCUUCGACAAUGCGUUUGAUUUCGGGUUCAGUGCCUAUUUGGACCGGGCGUUGUUUUUGGAUCGAUGCGCGGCGGAGAUGGAGAGAACGGUGAGAGUUGGAGGUGCGUGUGUGGUGGCGGUGGAAGAGUGCGGUGGAGGAGAGGUGGAGGAAGUGGUGAAGUUAUUUAAGAAGUCUAAGGUGUUGGGAGUAAAGAAUGUGACUCUGGGUGGAGAAUCAAGGACUAGAAUUGUAUUGAGAGUUACAAGUGACUGAAAAUCUUAGUUGAUUUGCUGUUCCUUCUAGGCCACCUCAACAACAUAACAGUGGUAGACUGUUUUCGAUAUACUCUCGGCUCGGCCUCGCACCAGUGAGGUAUAAUGUAUAUGCAUACCUUGUUCCUAUUUCGGGAGAUAAAGACUCUUUUCGAUAUACUGUCGACUCAAGAAUCUUGGCUACCUCAAAUUGUAGUAAAAACUUUGUAACCCUUUUUUCUUCACAAGAUUGCAAUAUACACUUCGUUUGUCAAUA